AUGAUUGGCCGUUUACAAGGAGAAGGAUUUAUAAGAGAAUACACGCCAACUCCGCAAAUUCAAGUUGCCAACAUACAAUGGAAUUAUAAUCAAACAAAUGAUAUCAUUAAAGUGGAAAUUUGGGAUGUGGUUGACAAAAGCAUAAAUCCCUCUACUGUCAGUAAACGGCCUGAUGUGCUUGAUAAUGGGUUGAAGAUUGAAAAUUCUCAGGCUACGCCAACAUCUCCUCGGCCCCUGAUCUCACAAAUACCACCGGAUCAACUUACUUUAGACGCGGCGACCAUUAAUGUCUAUCGUAAUACUCAUGGUGUUAUUUUGAUGUUUGAUAUGACCAAGAGCUGGACAUUCGACUACGCAGUUAAAGCAUUACAAGAAAUGCCGGAAAAUGUUGCUGUGAUAAUUCUGCGCGUAAUAUCUCAAUCUCAAGUGCACCAAGUCAUAUCCGAAUUUAAUCGCAAAAGAAUAACCGAAUAUCCUCCAGCUAAUAUGAUUCGAUAUGUGGAGACUAGUAUGUUGAGUGGAAUUGGAUUAGAUCACAUUUAUAAAUACUUUGGCGUUCCUUUCUUGCAAUUACAGAGAGAUAUUCUUCGGCAGCAGCUUAACUUCAAGACAACGGAGUUAACGAAAUUGCUUAGCUCUUUGGAUGUCAGCGAUGAUAUUCCCGGUUUAGCUGAUCAUCGCCAAGAAGAUCAGAUACUCAAUUCAACCGCAGAGGAUCCAUCGGAAAAGACAAAUCUCGAGAAACUUCCGGAUGAAGAAUUUAAAAAUUUCACGGAGGGAAAAGGAGCUGAGUUAACGGAGCAUGAAGUGACAAAUUCUACUUCAAUUUCUACAACGUUACCGCAACACCCAAAGGAGACGACUCCCAAUAUACAUAUCAUCGAAGACUUUGAUGCUGGAGAGUUAGAGGAUGAUUUUUUCAACGAUGCACCGGAUGACAUACCUAAUCUUCCAAAGGUCGACCCAUCUAAAUUAGACUAUGUCGAAGAAGCUGAAUUGUCCAAUCCGAUGGUCACUGUUGACGAGGAUCUCGCCGGGGUAGAUCAACAAGUAGAUGAGGAUGAAGGGAAAUCUUAUGGUGAUAUCAUCAGCACACAGAGUUUCAAUAGAGACUUCGAUGAUGUUUGGAGACAUCGCCAUCAUACUCAAUUCACUUCGACAAGUAGAAUCACCGAUAGCAGUGAUGAAGAUCUGGUACCGAUGGCAAAACGCUUGGAUUACUUGGGUCAGUCGUCCGUACAAACAAAUGACCUAAACAUAGAAGAAAAUACUGGUUCCCGCUCGAACUUGGAAUAUCAGAGAGAUGAGACAUCACUUGACACGGGUGAAUAUGUUCCAAUGACCUUUGGAACACCAAGUGGAUAUGAAGAGAUUAGCGAGGGCCAAGACAAUCCGUGGUUAGAGGGUGGCGAAGCACAAGGAAAGGAGGAUUCGACUUUGUCUUCGUCAUUUGUCUCACCGGUGAGACCUGAACUCCAUAGUUAUGAGAUGUUUGGUGGACAAGAUGAAAGACCAUCCAAACCCAUUAAUGAAUCCGACCGGGAUAUCAUAGAGCCAUCGACGUAUUCAAACCUACACCUAACUCAUCCGCACCCAUUUUUAGAGCAAGGAUCAGUUUCGGGUUUAUCAUGGGGUGAUGUGAGUGAAAACAGUGAUGUCAAUCAGACCGUAACUAAUCCAACAACUGAGUCGACCGAGGUUUCGGAAUAUACUGAAGACUCAAAAAAGAAAGUACCAAAAGGACAAAAAAUCGAGACCGAUGAAGAUGGAGGUGAUAUCAGUCAUUUCCGCUCACCAGGGGAUCCAACCAACCCUGCGGUCGAGGCUAUCGGGAUCAAUUCGAGCCACAGUCUGUUACAUCCGCCGGCUAGAAAGAUGGAUAUGACCGCGGAAGCACCAAUAAUAAAACCUCCCAUCACCGAAGCAAACAAACCUAACGAGGACACACCACCAUUGGUUCCCGGAGGCACCUGGAUCAAGCCAGCCUUUGUUAAGGAUACCAAGUUCGCUCGCCCACUGAAAGUUUUCACCAAUGAAUUUAGAUCUCUGGGUUGA